AGAAAGAUUGUGGGAUGUGACAUUUUUUGGAAUUAGAGUUAAAUUUGUGAAAUUUAUACAAUUCUUGUGAAACUUCCUUUUGUUAUCAAGUGUUAUCGAAGAAUUUUGAUUGAGAGGCAUUCUGAAUCGAGCAACUCGGACACAGGGACCAGUCAGCUUUCGAUGGGGCCAACACAAGGCAGUGGUAAACAUUGCCUUCAUUCAUCUUAUCCAAUUUGUGAUAAAAAAAUCAACCGCGAAUCGAAAUUUUCAAAAUCUGGAAAAAUACCGUUCGAUUAAUACAAAUCGAUGAAUAAUUUGAAAUUGCGAAAAAAAACGAAUGAGAAGAAGAAACGAAAAUUUCCACGUAAAAACACGAUGAAUGAUAACACAAUUGUGACCGUACGCACUUCGUUCUGCAUUUCACUGUCCAAGAAAAUGUCACAACGAGGAAGCACAUAAACACGAUACAAAAUGGACGAUUCUGUAACAAACGACACAAUUUUCGAAUCCGGAGGUGAGAGUCUCAAGCACUUUCCACGGCCAGUCACUAUCGCAGCUGCGGUUUGCGCGAUAAUUUUCAGUGUCGUUGGAGUUGCAGGCAAUUUGGUAACAGUAAUAGCAUUAUUAAAAUACACGAGGCUGAGACGGCAUGCUACGACCGCUUUCGUAAUAAGUCUCAAUUCUGACUUGAUUUUUUCCGCGGUAAAUCUACCAUUAACUGCGAGCAGAUAUUUAAACGAGGCGUGGGUGCUGGGUGAAACUCUGUGCAAAAUAUUUCCCCUCUUUUUCUAUGGAAAUGUCGCGGUGUCUUUGCUCAGUAUGGUGGCAAUCACGAUUAAUCGAUACAUAUUGAUCUCGAGGUCAGAAAUAUACGCUCAAUUGUAUACUACUCAACGGAUCAUUUUAAUGCUAAUCGCCAUUUGGACGUUGAGUUUCACUCUACUUUUGCCACCAUUGCUCGGUUUCUGGGGGACACUAGGCCUGGAACCGUCCACCUUCUCUUGCACUAUAUUAAAAAAAAACGGUAGCAGCCCAAAGAAAUUCCUAUUUGUUCUAGGAUUCAUCGUGCCAUGCGUUGUGAUAAGUGUCUCUUAUUUUUGCAUCUAUUGGCGUGUGAGAAAGAGUAGAAAAAAUCUAGAAGCCCAUGCCGGCCCCAGGAGAAAAGCAGGAGGAUUUCAACGAAGGGAGGACUCUAGAGUGACCAGACUGAUGUUGACUAUAUUUCUGUGCUUCCUUUUGUGUUUCAUGCCGCUCAUGCUGGUCAAUGUGAUCGAUGAUAAAAUAAAAAUUCCAAUUUUGCACGUGAUAGCUUCUGUGCUCGCGUGGGCCUCUUCUGUGAUCAAUCCUUUCAUUUAUGCAGGCACUAAUAAGCUUUACAGAGAGGCCUACAAGCAGAUUUUGUGUCCAAUCUCUGCUAAAAUACCAACUACAGGACCGAAACCUACUCACUCGCAUUCGAGUAAAGUGUCAUCGCCUCAAGCGACUUGAAACUUUAUGGUUUUAUAUCGUUUUGGCGAUGUUAUAUUGUAUAACUUAUGUGUACAUAAUGGAAAUUAAUUGAGAUAUUAGCAUGAAAAAUUAUGUUAAUAUUUUUAUUAUAUAUAUGAAUUAUUCAAAAUAAAAGUAAAAAUAA